AUGACCCCCGGGUUCUGUCCUGAGAGACUUCUCAGUGCUCAGUUGCCUCAGAAAAAGAGUGCUCAGACAAUGGAAAGUGUUAGUGAUACUUGGCUAAAUUUUGGCCCCUCCUCUGGAGUGAUUGAUGGCAUCCUUGCCAUCCUAUGUGGAGUGGGUAUCUUCCUUCUUUUACUCCCUUUCCUCCCAAAGAAUACAACAAUACCACAACCAAGAAGGUAUCAGCAAAUCAGGAGGGUAACAUGCAGAGAAUCCAUGAAAAAACUGGACAGGGCUCAAAACAUGAUUUCACUUCUGCAAAGCAGAGUGCAGAAAUACCAGGACAAGGACAGCCAUCAUGCACACCAAUGUGAAGACCAUCCUGAUGAGGUGUGCAGAGCAGUGUCUGGUGUAGCUCAAAGUCCUGUUGCAGAGGAGGUGGAUAAUGAUCAACCUAAACUUUCCCUUCCCUUGAAAUGUACUUCUCCAGUCCUUAUACCUUCUAGUCCCACUGUACAUAUGCCCAGUUCAGGGGCCUAUCUCCCACAUCCCCCAGAUGAAUCUGUGCUAUCUCUAAGCUCUAUUCAGAGUCCUGUCCAGUGUCACCCAUUGGCACUUCCUAUGGGCAUAGACCAACAAAGCUGCUCUACACAUACAUCAUGGCCAGCUUCUCCUGCCCCAAUGAUCUCAGGCACGGACCAUGCAGACUGUGCCCAUUCAACCCUCUCCUGGUGCCAGACAACUGUCAAAACCUUGUGCCUCUCAAUGUCAUCAUCCUGUCAGUCACAACAAGAAAAGAAUUCCUGUCCCCCACAAGGAGGGUUGUUCUGGGAAGAGCACACACUCAGGCAGACCAAAUCUGGUAGUUUCUCUUUAACUCCUCCUAACAUGGAGUUAAGAAGUCCAGACAGAAAAGAAAUUAAUAAACACAUAGAGAAAGCAUCAUUUUUAAAACAAGUAAAGCCAAGCUACCACCUUCCAUUGAAGAACAUGCUAAAAUCACUGGGUGAUAUGCAAAAAACCAGAGCUCCAGUUUCAUCUUGGAUCACAAAAGGACAAUUUAAACAGAUGUAUAGACAGUUCUCAGAUCCAAAGAUCUUAGAAAAGAAAUAUAUUCAGCUUUUCUGGGGUCUGCCCUGGCUCCACAGUGAGUCCUUAGUGGCUACCGCCUGGAACUCCACAUCACAAUACCCUUUACGAUUUAAUUGGAUUGUGGGUACCUUCCAGGAACAAAUGAAGGCAAAUAUAUCUCCCCUGCUUUCCCAGUCACAGUCCCUAUGUGAUCUGCAGUUUGAAUCUCAAAGCUCAAUUGGAACUCUAUCUGAUGAUCAAAAUACUUCUGUGGUUCAGGCCCAUUUUGCUCUGGAAAAUGAGCCCCUUUUUUCUCAAUACCAGAGUAGAGCUUGUUCUCCAUCAUGGAGAAAGAAAGAAUCCCUCAUUCAAACUAAGAAUCAGCUUCCAGAAUGGCUAUUUUUGCAAAAUGAAGUAGGAAGUGAGUGGAUGCUCCAUCCUAUACCUAAAAAAACACAGAAAAUUUUUACUGUAUUUACGACCUCUGAGGAUAAGAUGGUGGACUGUGUUUUUGCAAAAGACUUUUCCAUAAAUCCCCAACUCCAGGAGAGACUCGAGAAACUGAUAAAAGAAUGGAUCAACAAACACUAUAAAGAACUGAGCCUUAAUAUUGAACUUAGCCUUAGUUCUAGUUCUAGCCUAGAAAUAAAACAGCACCAGGGAAAUACUACCAAGUCAUGCCAAUUAGAGGGUAAACAUAGAUACUCAAAACCCUAUGUACUAGCUGGUAGAAGUAAAAAGGAAGAGGUCAGCAAGCACCUGAGUCAAGUUCCUGAGGUUCAGGAAUCAGAAAGAUCCAGAGUAAAGUUAUUUUUAAGGUCUGAGGAGUCAGGCAGUGACCUGGAUGUGUCAAGCAGUGAAUCUGCAAAUGACAUAAUGAAAAGUUUAGAUGACUCUCUAGAACAACGUCUGAAAAGACAUCUGGAUAGGAAGUUGGGCCAUAUCUAUACAGGUUUCAUCCCUGAGAGUGUGGCUCGAUCCAGGCUUGAUGCCAAUGAAACUGGGAAGAUGCUGGACCCUCGAGUAAAAAACAGAAAAUCAGGAAGCUCAAAGAUUGGCAAAGACUGUGCAAAAACCUCUCUCAAAGAGGACUUCCUCGAUUCCAUCACAAGGUCAGUUCUAGAGGCACACAUUCGGAAGUACUGGGUCAAUCACAGGUGGGGGCUUCCACUCAAGGUCCUCAAGCCUAUAAACAUUCUGAAAUCUUCACCCCAACGGAAAGUUUCCCCUUCCCAAUCCUCCUCCCAAUCAUCUACCAUUGUAUCUGGGACCCCCUCAAGAGUCAAAAAGCCCAAUUUCAAAGAAUGUCCUCAGACCCCACUAGAGAGGAAGAUCCAGACAAAAACAGCUCCCAUCCCAGAGCAGCCAGUCCAAUUGCCAUCACCUUCAUCUGCUCAAAUUCAGAAGUUGUGCAGUAAGAUCUCCAUUGGUAGCAAACAGGUGUCCAUGGGGACAUCCCUUUCUCAGCCCACAGAAGACACACAACCUACAGAUUCCCUCAAAUCCAACAUUGAGGCCACAAAAAUUGAGAGUAGAUCUCUGGAACAAGCUAGGAAAAAAAGCUCAGAGUUAAGUCCAGAUGCUGUAAUCUCCACAAAAGUAUCAAAAGUGGAGAUUACUAAUUGCAUGUCACCGCAGUCCUGCCAACAAGAAAAAGUGGUGGGGGAGAACUUAGGUUCUGUGAAGGCCACAGAGACUACAGGGACAGCAGAGGCUGAAAAGUUGCCUGCGCCUCAACCAGACUCUAAAUCCACCUUGGAUUCCAGUGUGCAGACACAAGAUGAAUAUUUGUCCACGAUUAGCAAAAAAAGUUCCAGCACCAGUACAAGCACCUUAUUCCAUAAAAUUCCAGUUCAUCACCAUCGAGAAGAGAUAGUAAGGGAACUUAAAUCUAAAAUGAAGCAGCAGCCUGCAGAUGGUCAAAAGCAUGUGCUUCUUACUUCACACAAUGUACCUUCUCAGGUUCCUCAGGUUCCUCAGGUUCCUCGCUACCACAUCCAAAAAAGUCCCAUGGGAGAACAGUUUGCUCGCCCUGUGCGAUGUAUCUACAAGACAGAUGGAAGGGUAGAUCCUAGGAACAGCCUCGAUCCUAGAAACCCCAGGAGUUCCAGCUUUGUGGACCCCUGGAAGGGGCAGAGGAAUGUGGCUUGUGUGAGUCCCAGACCUAGAAAACAGAAAGGGACUGAAGAAUCAAAGAUUACUCCACUGAGUCAUCGUGUUUGUCUCUUUCCAGGGAAGCCAACAGCAAGCUCUCCGGAAUGUAAAUGCCUCCAGAAACAGGCUCCUCAAAAUUUAUUUAGUAAGUUAAGACUAUUUAUACAAUCAAUCUUUGCUAACAAAAAAGACAAAGGCCAGGAUCCUCUGCAAAACAGAAGACCUACAGUAGCCUCUGCAAAGAGCCAAGGAGUAGGCAAAAGCAGAAUGAUGAUGGGUGGUGAGAUGUCUGAGGCUCAGAGACUCAUGGAAGCUCUUGGGAAAAUUCUAGAAGAAAAAUGUGCCAAUAAUCAGGGCCUUCAAGACACUAAAUUACAUGUGCACAAAAAUCUGCCCUCAGUACAUGGGACUUUAUGCUCCCAUAAGCCCCAAUACUACACAGACCAAGGGAAAUAUACAGCUUCCAGUACUGAAACCACCCCCAACAACCAUAGUUUUUUUAUCAGGGGAACCCAAGUUAGGAACCAACAACUCAGUAAGAGAGUAAGAUUUAAAGAUGAGGAACAGGCCAUGGAUGUCCACCCAGCUACUAACCUUAAGAAGACUGUGCACCCAGACAGUUCUUGUCAAUUUAAACCUGAGGUCCCAGGUGCCCACAACCAUUAUCACCUAUGCAUGAGGCACCCAGCUUUCUAA